GGCCGGGCUGUGGUGAGGCGCGGCCGCCCCGGCGGGAUGGGCCGGGAUGAGCCGGGAUGAGCCGGGCCCGGUCGGACCGGACUGGUCCGGACCGGACAUUGCCGGUGGAGGGCGGGUCCUCGCGUUCUCCUCCCCUUCUCCUCGCUUGUUUCACUGUUCCUCGCAGCCCCCUGCCGCCUGAGGGGAGAGGGAGGCUGUUGUCGCGUGUGUAGGAGAUGUACAAACAGCUUGAUGCAGUUACCCAAUUAAGACUUCUGGCAGUCUUUGACAGCAGAAAGAGAUGUCAAGUGUGGCUGAUAAAUCUAUCAGUUGUAUUGUCAUCGCUUGCAGAUUCUAUCAGGAGACAGGUGACAUUAACAGCUCAGUUUGCAGUAGUGCAAAAGGAGUUGCUUACACAGAGGACAGGAUCUGGGAUUCAGCAGAAUACACCAAUGCAGGAAUUCCAUCAGGAAGAUGUGUGAAUUAUAAUGAUACUGUUAAAAGCUGUAAGGUCAGGGCAUGGUGCCCUGUGGAAUCCCUGGAAAACCCCCCUGGGACUGCUGUUCUGAGGAGUUCUGAAGACUUCAUUGUGCUAACAAAGAACAACAUUCACUUCCCAAACUUUAAUUACACCGUACUAAAUAUUCCACCAAAUUUAAAUUCCUCCUGCACAUACAACAAGAUGAGUUCUUCGCUCUGUCCGGUUUUCCAUCUGGGAGAUACCCUUCAAGAAGCAAAAGAGGAAUUCUCUGAGGUGGCAGUGAAGAUCUUUAAAAAAGAGAAGAAAGCAUGUGACUUCCCAAAAUAUUCUGUAGUACAGCUGAAUUCUUAUAUAUUGUCUUUGGAGAGACACAGUGGCCUCCUGCUUAGCAUAGAACAAAUACUUUGAGCUGAAGUGCUUUCUUCUUCUGCCUUUGCUUCAUUCUGUGAGUGAAUGGUUUGGAAAUACAGGCUCUGGGGUGAGUUCUUAGGGCUACCUUUUAGUGGGAGAUUCCCGGCUCCUGCCUUUGCACUACUGCACACCAGAACCUCAGCUGAGUCCGGAGAUGACCAGCACCCUGAAAAUAAGAUGGAGCCAAGAAUCAUCUCAAAGCAUGACCCCUGGAGGAAGGAAAUCCAAAAGAGAGAUUGCUUGGAAACGUGGUCCUGGGCAUCUUUCUCCCCCAGCCUCACCACCUUUCUGUAGCUUGGAUUAAGAUGCUCUCGAAAGAGGCCACUGAGCACAUAGUUUCAUAACUCGCUGUUGAAGGCCUCCUGGUCCAUCCACAUUAAACAGGCUCAUUUUAGAUGAUUUCAGUGACAGGCAGCAUUUUCUGGAAGGCCCAGCUGUUCUUUGGUAUUGCUCCUUUAAGCUUGAACUCGGGACUUUACAAGGAAAAAUACUUUUAUCGUCUCUAUGUAUUAUUUUGGGGCAUUUCAUUCAUACUCAUUGAAACGGUAAUGUCGGAUUUUGGCCUGUUUGCUCUUAGCUUCAAACAGGCCUUUCCUCCUUCACCUCCUCCUCCUGAAGAGCUAAGUGCGAGCUGCUUUGUGCAGUGAUGUGCAAGGCCAGAGUGCAGCUGAGGAGCACCAUAUUUGGGGUAGAUUAAUCCGUGCUCUAACACCUUUUCAGUUCUUUUUGUUAUACUUGGACAUGUUCUAUUGUUGUCGGAACAAGGUGAGAAGGAUUCUAACGUAUAUAUUCUGCCCUCCUUUCAUCUAAGCUUUGUUCUUUCUGAGCUAACCCAGCAGUUUGCCAUUCCAUUUCCCAUAUAUUUUAGGAUACAUUGUUGGCAGAUUAUGCUAAAGGCAUUUAUAUCUUCGCUUGUAAUAUGCAUUAAUUGUAUUAACAUUCAUAUUGCAGCAUCUUAUAUAUCUAGAGUGGGACAAUAUUACAGUUGGCAUUAAUGCAUUCUGGUUCUGACACAUAAGCUCACUCUCCUUUUGGAAAGAUUUACACUGAAUAUUCACUUAAGACUGAUUUUAAUCUCCUUUCACAUUUAUGUAUAUAUGUUCUUCCUUCUUCUCUCCCCCCUUCUUUUUAGUCCUGUCAGAUUUGACUGUUUUUGUAAUAAAUAGGGGGUUUUACUAACCUGUAGCUGACCUAAAGUCUCUUUAAUGAUUUCAUUCUCUCUGGAUUUCCCACUGCCAGUCUGUCAGUUCCCUUCACCUCUUUCUAAUGAUUUACCUGCUAUUAUAAGGGUUAUGGUGAUGUUUCUAAAAUAAGCACCAUGUUGGGCAGCUCACCAUCAGUGAAGGCACAAGAAUUAGGUGGUGCAGAUCUCUGCUUUUAUAGCAAAGAUUAAUUCUGUGAGAGGAUAAAUAUAAAGGAUUUGCUCAUUGUGGAUGGGAGAAUAACUGUCUUAGCUAUGCUUCUGCUACCUCUUGCAGGCAGUUGCUCUGUCGUUGCUCUGAGCUGCCUGAAGUUACCUCUUGGUGUUAGGAUGGCCUGAGGUUAUCUAUACAGCUGCUUUGUGAGAGUUGGUAGCCCAGAGGCAGCGGAAAGCUGACAGCAGCAGACUUCCAGCUUCCUCUUCGAGUACGACACCCCCCGCAUCGUGCUGAUCCGGAGCCGCAAAGUGGGGCUCAUCAACCGCGCGGUGCAGCUC